AUGGAGGAAAUGGAAACCAAGCUCUGCAGCAGUGACAAAGAGGAAGCUUUCAAAAGAGAACUGCCAUACAGCAUAGGAGAAAUAGACUUCACAGCUUCUGGGAAGAAACGUGGAAAGUUUAUUAAGGUCCCAAGCACCGUUCAUCCUGGAAUUAUAUUCGAAGUUAUGCUCAACAAAUGGAAGCUACCUGCUCCCAAUUUGGUUGUCUCUUUAGUAGGGGAAGAAGAAAAUUUCCAGAUGAAGCCUUGGCUACGGGACACCUUAAAAAAAGGACUUACAAAGGCAGCUCAAAGCACAGGUGCUUGGAUUUUUACCAGUGCUUUACGUGUAGGAAUAACAAGACACUUAGUGCAAGCAGUCCGAGAUCAUGCACUGGCUAGUACUUCAUCCAGAGUAAAAGUGAUUGCCAUAGGAAUAACUUCGCUCGGAAAAAUUCAGCACAGAGAAAUUCUGGACAACACAAAGAAUGAGAGUCUGGUACACUACCAAUCAGAUGAUAAUAUCCAAGGCCCACCAUAUUCCCUGGACCACAACCAUUCCCAUUUUAUUUUGGUGGAUCACAUAACACCAGAUGAGCCAGAUGGAACCACUAAGCUACGUCUCAGCUUGGAAAAGCAUAUUUCAGAACAGCGUACUGGAUAUGGUGGAACAGGUAGCAUUGAGAUCCCUGUGCUUUGCUUACUGGUAAAUGGAGGACCAUGCACACUUGAGAGAAUAUGCAACGGUUUGGAAAACUCUGCUCCCUGGCUUAUCUUAGCAGGGUCUGGAGGUACAGCUGACAUCUUAUCUGCAUUCAUGAAUGACCCACAGCUUAUCAUGCCAGAAGCUGUUGAAAAGCAAUUUAAGGAGAAGUUUCCUGCAGAAAGCUUCUUGUGGAAGGACAUUCUCCAGUGGACGGCAACAAUUCAGAACAUUGUUUCACACGAACAUCUUCUAACUCUGCACAACUUUGAGCAAGAUGGUUCAGAAGAACUAGACACAGUCAUUUUAAAAGCUUUAGUAAAAGCCUGUAAAAGUCACAGUCAGGAGGCUCAGGAGUAUCUGGAUGAACUGAAGCUGGCAGUGGCCUGGAAUAGAGUGGACAUAGCUAAAAGUGAAAUAUUCAAUGGUGACGUGGAGUGGAAGUCCUGUGAUCUGGAGGAAGUGAUGAUGGAUGCUCUGGUCAAUGACAAACCAGAAUUCGUGAAGUUAUUUAUUGACAAUGGGGCUAACAUAUCUGAAUUCCUGACAUAUAGUCGUCUGCAGAGACUCUACUGUUCCAUUUCUCAGAAAUGUCUCCUUUAUGAACUCCUACUGAAGAAACAUGAAGAAAGCAAGCUGACCUUGUCAGGACCCACUGGCCAACAGCACCAGGAGAAGGAGAUGUGCCCACUCUUUACUCUCAGUGAGGUCUCUAGAGUUCUCAAGGAUUUUCUCCAUGAUGCAUGCAAAGGCUUCUAUCAAGACCUCAGACAUGGAGGCAAGAAGAAAUCUGAUGAAAUUAAUACAAAGCGAUUACCUGGGCCCUUGGAUAUGAACGAGAAAAGUGAAAAUCCUUGGAGGGAUUUGUUUGUAUGGGCAGUACUUCAAAACCGGCACAAGAUGGCAAACUAUUUCUGGGCUAUGGGUCAGGAGGGUGUAGCUUCAGCUCUGGCAGCCUGCAAGAUCCUGAAAGAGAUGUCCCGCCUGGAGACAGAGACUGAAGUAGCUCGUAUAAUGAAAGAGGCCAAGUAUGAGCAGCUUGCUGUUGAACUGUUUAGCGAAUGCUACCACAACAGUGAGGAGAGAGCAUUUGCUCUGUUGGUGAGGAAAAACCAGUACUGGAGCAAAACCACCUGCCUCCAGCUGGCUACAGAAGCAGAUGCAAAGUCCUUCUUUGCACAUGAUGGUGUCCAGGCCUUCUUGACAAAAAUAUGGUGGGGAGACAUGUCUACAAGCACACAAAUCCUGAAGCUUAUCUGUGGAUUCUGGUGUCCUUUCCUAAUCUACACAAAUUUAAUAGCAUUCAGUGAGGAAAAACAAUCAAAGAAUGAGUCAGAGCCAUUUAGAGAGCUGGACAGUUUAGAUACAGAGAGGACUCCAUUUUUUUCCAAGGAAGAAGAUCGAGGAAAUGGUAAAUUGGAAAAGCAGAACCCUUCUGAAAACACAGCGUGGGCAACAUUCACAUUUACUCGGUGGAGAAAAUUCUGGAGUGCCCCUGUAACUGUAUUUAUGGGGAAUGUUAUAAUGUACUUUGCUUUUUUGUUUCUAUUUACUUAUGUCCUUUUACUGGACUUUAAGCCACCUCCACCUGAGGGUCCAUCUGCUAAAGAAAUUAUACUUUACUUCUGGGUUUUUACCUUGGUCUUGGAAGAAAUCCGACAGAGUUUCUAUACAGAUGAAGACACAAAUUUAAUGAAAAAAAUUAAACUGUAUGUGGAGGAUAACUGGAAUAAAUGUGAUAUGGUGACCAUAUUCCUCUUCAUAAUUGGGGUCACCUGCAGGAUGCUGAACUCGACUUUUCAAGCUGGCCGAACAAUACUUGCCAUUGAUUUUAUGGUGUUUACACUUAGACUUAUACAUAUUUUUGCAAUUCACAAACAACUUGGACCAAAGAUCAUAAUUGUGGAAAGAAUGAUGAAGGAUGUUUUCUUCUUUCUGUUUUUCUUGAGUGUGUGGCUCAUUGCCUAUGGUGUGACAACUCAAGCUCUACUUCAUCCCGAUGACAGCCGAGUGGAAUGGAUAUUCAGAAGGGUGCUUUAUCGUCCCUACCUUCAGAUAUUUGGCCAGAUUCCACUGGAUGAAAUAGACACAUCACGAAUACAUCCCAGGAACUGUACAUUAAAUCCACUGCAGAUUCUGCAGGAGAACCCACCAUCAUGUCCUAACAGCUAUGCCAAUUGGCUCGUCAUACUUCUGUUGGUCAUCUUCCUUCUAGUCACCAAUGUCCUCCUUAUGAAUCUCCUGAUUGCUAUGUUCAGUUACACUUUUCAAGUUGUUCAGGGCAAUGCAGACAUCUUCUGGAAAAUUCAGCGCUACAACCUGAUUGUUGAAUAUCAUGGCCGGCCUGCCUUAGCACCACCAUUUAUCAUUAUUAACCACAUAACUUUGGUUCUCAGAAGAAUCUUCAACAAAAUGGAACAUAAAAAAGAAGAUCUGGAAAGAGAUCUUCCAGUUGGCCUGGAUCAAAAAAUCAUAACAUGGGAGUUGGUACAAAAAGAAAAUUACCUUGUAAACCUUGAACAAGAAAGAAAAGCAAGCAGUGAAGAAAGGCUGAAGGCCACAUCUAACAAGGUCGAUAAUUUGUCUAAAUAUUUUAGUGGAUUGAAAGAACAAGAAAAGCGGUUUAAAGUUAUGGAAGCCCAGAUUUGCUACUGUACAGCUGUUAUCUCCUCAAUGGCAGAGGCUUUAACCAAAACCAACCUCUUGUGCAACCAGCCAGCUCCCAACUAUACAUGUGUGAUGAAUGUCAACACAGAAGUGCCUUUGCCAGAAAGAAGUGAAAGAGAAGAACGUGCAGAUCAGUCCGAGACUGACAUCACAUACAUUGAUAAUUAAGUUUUAUUCUCAUUUCUUCAGAUUAAACCUUUGGUCCUACUGAAGUACUGUAGAAGUAAAGCCUAAUCUUAUAAAGGCUUAAGGCCCAGUUCUCAAAGCCUUUACACCAAGCACUGUCAACCUUUGACACCACUGAGGAUUUCUUGGUCUUCCUCCUUCCAUUUCUUGGGAGUUUCUCCCCUCCUGCUCCUGUAUCACUUGCUCCUUUCUCCAAAACCCCAUUCUGCAAAUCGCGCUAAAAACUUUCUCCUCCAGGAUGAUUCUACCACCUUAUUUUCUAAGUACAAUCUGUCUUCUGUUCUCCAGACACCACUCCCUCAACCCGUCAUCAUUGCUAACUUCCACAUUUCUCUGUCCAAGGGCAUCUCCCUGUUGAAGGGUGAUCACUUACACACUAAACACCAAGGCGCUGCCUUGGCCAAGAAAGCAAGCUCGUAUUUCUGAGCUGCUUAGGAAGGAAAUCAAGGAAGUUCCCACAGGAAAGGGCCUGAGACACUGAACUAUUACAGUCCAUACAGCUCCUGGAGCUCCUACAACCCUCAAAGGAUCGCACUCACCGUCCUCUCCCCGCACUGGCUCCUGCCAGGUAUUCCUUCACCGGCGUUCCCCUGCGAGGCUCCUCUCUCAUCCCCAGGGACUGGAGUCUCAGCGCGCCGUGGCUUGCGGUCACUUCCCAAACACGAAUCAGGUGCCCCCCUGCAGCCAGGCCCCCCACUGCUGCUCCUCCAUUUUUGUUUCAAUGCCAGCUGCUCUCAGCUCGCUGCUCUCAGCCUUUGCCUUGAUGUAUCACCCCGCAUGGAACGCUGCAUCUAUGCCUAAGUGCUUUUCUGAUUUCAUUUCACUUUUCUCUCUCAAAGGUCAAGAAAAAAAAAAUCACUUAGACUUUAAAGCAAGAAUGUGUAGCAGGAAUUCUCAUGCAAACUAGGAAUUUGGGCUGUUAGUCAUUUUUUUCAUUACUUAAAACUUGUAUGCACAUUUUUAGCAUACAAAAGCUAGCUGGCUUUAUUAGAAUUUUGUAUGAAAAGAUACACCAAUAAAAUUAAUAUUACUACCAUUCUUUAAAGGGAAAUUUCUUUGGAAUAAUAUAAACAGCAGCCAAAGGGGGAAGUACUGGGUUGUGGUCUUUCUUAAACUGCUAAGCUUCAACUGAACUUAAUUUUCUCACGUAUAUGACGCUGCUUCUGUGCAACAUAAAUGUAGGUUGUGCAAAAGCUUUGUCUGUUACCAGAGGCUGAAAGAAAAAAAAAAAAAUCUCAGUUCUGAUAAAAAUACCUUUCUGACAGGAGUCUUUUGUUAACAGAUAUUAAUCUUGCUGUGAUGUCUUCAUAAAAUAGGGAUUUCUUGGGUUCAUUCAGCUGUGCCCCCCCAUUAGCAGGGAUGGGAUUUUGGUACUGCCUGACCUGCUCUUCACCCUGAGCAAGCAGCAGACAGAAAACCAGUGAGUUUGUACAGAGCCAUGUUUUUUGUUAGGAAAUAAUGCAUCUCUUACAACCAGCGUGCCCUCCUCUCGGCAGCAGCUACUAUUUUAAUGGUGAUCAGCAUACUAAUUAUCCACUGGAAACCAAAAUAUCCAAAAAGUUGGAAUUGUUGCCAUGUACCAGAACUGAGUAUUUAGCAAUGACCCAUUAAUUAACGUGCAUCAAACUGUACACUCAUGAGAAAAUACAUUCUGCUUUUAAAUUUAAAAGGUGAAUUUCAAAAGAUGGACCAGUAUUACUCAAUUUACAUUGUUUUCUGUUUCUGCUGCCCAAUCACACAUCUUUUCAAAUACAAAAGACCCAAAUGAUUUGGGCCCACCAGUCAAUUACUGGUAAGAUGCUGGCACCCCACCCCCCAAUCCCAGAGGAAGUAACCUCCUCACCUAUCCCUGUUUGAACAAGCAAGGAAGGUCACAAAUUCUAAAGAGGGAAUCUUUCAUUACAUGGUUAUAAAUACUAACAUUGGGGUUGCUUAAUUUAGAAUACUGGCAAAAAAAUAUCAGUCCAAACUGACCUGAACUAAUUAAGAGUUUCAAAUCAUAUAACCGUUCAAAGAAUUUAAUCUUUUAAUGUUAUUUAUAAAAUUUAUUAACAUCAUGUGAAAAACUACUAUUAUUUGACAUUCAUUACAAUGUGAUUUAUUGUAUAAGGUGAUUCAUCCCAUGAGGCGAUUCUCUAUAUUGUAAAAUGAUUGAAAAUGUUAAAAAUGUAAAUUUUAGAAUCUAAAAUAUAAGACUUGAGGGAGAAGUUACAAGAAGCUUAGAGUAACAUUCUAUAAGAUUUUCAAGACCAUUCUCAAAUCAAAUAAACUGAGUCUUUGUUAAAACUCCUAUAGCUGCAUUAAUGAGUAUCAUUCAAAGAGAUGAAGAAAUUGGAAGCAUCAACUUAAAGUUUAUUGAAUCCCAAAGAACAAAAAAGUAUCCAGUUUGGGUAUAAAUAUCUCACUCCCAACAAAUCCACACACAGAAUCAACGUGGAAGCAGUGCCCCCAGGAAAGGACAUACAAACGCACAGGCCAAGAACCAUCACAUCGCAGCACACCAGCAAGAGGAAAAGCUGCUGCCCCACUUCACCGAAGCUCUUGCCAGUUCUGACCUACACAACAGGGCAGGACUUGGCUGAAUCCAUCAUGAGCGUGUCUUCACCGGGAUGUAUCCAGAGUUGUACCUCUCCACAGGAAACACUGUGGUUUUUAAAAUCUUUAUCAUGUAAUGCUAAAUAAGGUAAAUAUUAAGCUAAGCUUAAAAAAAUACUGGGUUUGCUAGUUUCCACCUGGGCCCUCCAAACUCAUGACUGGGCACUGUCGUGCCUUCACUCUCAAUGGCAAUAAGGAAGGAUGUAUUAAAAAACUUUUUUUUUAAAUAAAA